AUAUGUCGCUGUACCGCGCGUGAUACGUUGAGUGUAGAUUUCUAUGGCGCAAAAGAUUUUCCAGUCCUUCCGUAGGAUUCCAGGACAUUUCCCUGCUUUUCGUAAAAAAGAGGAGCAUCUCGAUGUACAGGGGUCGAAAUAUAGGGUUUCUGUCUGUUCUGAUUAUGGAUUUCCUUCUAAACCUACGUCAGUUGCCUAUGACCCUGUUAUCGAUAUGUUAGCUGUCCUUACGCGUGAUGGCAACAUUUAUAUGUAUCCUUUAUAUACGCUGAUCAGUCUAUUGCCUUUUCAGUCUCAACCGCGUUGCGUGUUCAUAUUAAAGACCGUGUAUUUUUAUAUUUUUUAUUUAUCAUACUAAGUCUUUUAGCUGUUGUGAUUCACUAAGCUGAUGUAUCAAAUAUACGGGUAGUUUCCAGCUUGUUUUCAGACAUCUAGGCCGUGUUUUUUAAUCCACCAAAUUCUCUGUGUUGAUUUGUUUGGAGAUUUACGAAUACGAUUGGGCCUUCUUAAUCAGUAGGUUUGCAGCUAUGAGUAGCCUUAUAUAUUUUGGGUUUUGUCGAAGAAGUCAAGUUCACUUUAUGGCAAUUCCUGUAUCAUACAUUUCACUUUUCUGUAUUGCCAUAACUUAUCUAGACUGCUCUAAAAGCUGCUCUUGUAACUGAUGAACCUACCAUUUUCGGCUGGUUUUCGUCGAAACGACAUUCAAAGGCUUAUUUUAUUAGUACCUGCGAAAUACUUAUGGUGUGGUAUUAAGGUUCAUCAUGGGUGUUGAAUAUACAUGUUCUAAAAUUUUGAAAUCUCAUUUCUUUAGAUUGAGAAAGUAGGUAACAUAUAGACAAGUUUUAUUUGUGAUGUCAUUAGGUUGUAAUUCUCAUUUGAAAAGUCGAGUUCUUAGAUCCUUUAGUCUUCGUUUAAAUACGAUUCCUUAACGCUUUUAAGAUACGGAAAACCAGGAAUAUCGUUUUCUGCUGUACAUGAAACGAACGCUCAAUAUAUUCAAGUGGUUUUCUUGACUGGCAGUAGAAAACUGGUUACAUUGACUGAUUCAGAUGAUAUGUAUUUAUGGGAGUUGACUUCAGUCAGUCAAACAUCUUGUCAACUGGUCCAAAGAUCAUGUCUCAAAAGAAUUAUAAGUCAACUAAAGUCUUUGCCAAGUGGAGUUCCAAGUAUUUCCACCAAUAACGAAGAAAUUAGUCACGUCACUGCUUUGUGCUACGCCUCCGACGGUCGUAGCAUCCUGAUUGGAACUGAUAAUGGUUGGGUUGCCUCUGUUCGUUUAAAUACAAAUACAGCCACUGACGACUUCACGAAAUUCUGGUGCUUACCUUCAGCUGAUGAUGCAAUUAAUCCUUCUCGAAUACUUGAUGGCAUUUCACCUGAUCGUCGUCAGCGUCUGCGGGCAGAUGCAGUGGUGGUUUUAUUAGAAAGGCCAGGGUUUCCUGGACAGCUAUUAAUUGGCUACAAUUCUGGUCUAAGUUUAUUAUUUGACCUCCGCUCAGAUCGUAUUAUGGCACUAUUACCGUGGCAACAUGGCUUGGAAGCUGCCGCUUGGUGCGGCGGUAGUGGCCAACCAAAUAGGUCAAACCCAACAUCUCAUCAACCCCAAUUAGGGAUGCGUCUCUUGACUGCGCAUUCGGACGGAUCUCUGGGAGUUUGGAGUUUGAAGGAAAUCGGCUUCGGUACAACAACAAUAUCUCCCAUUCAACCACCCUUGCUUCAAAUGGAAGAAGCUCCAAGCAUGCCUUAUGGACCUUUCCCGUGCAAACUGAUCAGCAAAGUCUUCUGGCUUCCAUCUGCUCUGGGGGGUAUUACUGUAUUUGUUGGUGGAAUGCCACGUGCCACUUAUGGUGAACGUCAUACUGUAAGCAUAUUGCGUGGAUCCAAUAUUGAUCAAGCUGCUAAUGCCAGUGUUGUUGCUGCCCGACUUGCUGUGGCAGCUGAAGCUGAAGAUGAUGAUGAAAUACCAGAAGAAAGUUCAUUAUCAGCUCCUCCUAUACACGUUUUUGAUUCUGAUGCACCUGAACAUGUAUGUUUGGACUUACCAUCAAGUCUUGUUGAUUUAGUUCCUGUUGGUUCUGUUGACGGACCUGUUCAAAUACUAAUACUUUUAUGUGAAGAAGAAAUGGUUGUGAUUGAUCUUAUAACUUCUGGCUGGCCUUUUAUGCGUCCUCCCUAUUUAACUUGCUUGCACACAACAUCCCUUACUACAUACAAUUUAAUUACACAGGUUAGCCCAACCUUGCUGUCAAAUCUUGAAGCUGCUGGUGCUUACUAUGGUCCUGAAGGGCGUUUUGGUCGUGGAGGAGCAAUUGCAGAUAAUCCAUCAGGUGGGGGUUGGUCCUCUCUCCCUUGGCCAAUACAAGGUGGUCAUGCAUUAAUUAAUGGAUCUCGGUUGUCUACAAGCUCUUUGGGUGGAAAUAUUCUGUACACAGAUGACUUACUUCUUACUGGUCACGAGGACGGUUCUGUUGCAUUUUGGCGGCUCAGUGCAGGAGGCUGCCUUCGACGCAUUUAUACCUUAUAUACAGCUAUAUUAUUUGAAGAUGUCAGCCAAUUGGAUCAUCCUAAUGGUGUUGAUGAUGAUGGCGAUGCAUGGCCUCCCUUUCGUCAGGCAGGUGUAUUUGACCCUUUCAUGGACGAUAGCAGAGUAGCUAUACAAUUCAUUUAUCUUGUUGAUAAUACACUGGUUGUGGGUGGAGCUGCAGGUCAGGCAAUUGUAUAUCAAUUUCUUAAUUUCACUCCGUGUAUUGAACCUGCAAUUGUAACAAUUAAAAAAUCAAUGCCCGGAUUUCAAUGGAAAGGACAUGCUCCCCUUACACUUCGAAAAUGCUUUAGUAACAAGAUCACUGUUAAUCCAGAACAAGCUACUCCACUCCCUGCUCAAUUACAAGCUACAGGAGUUAUUUUCGUACAGCCUCCUGCACGUAUUACAUCACUUCUUUCAAGUGAAUUUGAAUUAACUCAUCUAAAAGAAUUUAGUCAAAGCCAAACAAAUAACAUUGGUGGUGAUGGCGGUUUACAAAUUUUACUUGCUCUUGGUACACCACAUGGUUUCGGUGUAGUUUUUGUACCGAAACCUUUAUCUAAUAAUGAUUCAAAUACAAAAAAACCAUUACCUCCUCAACCAUUACUUGCUGUGUCAACAAUACCGGAUAAUAUUGAUGCUCUUCAAGAAGCUGCUGCUGGUGAAGGUUGGGCAAGGCGACGUACUCGAGAACUUAAAAAAAGUCUUCGUGAUUCUUUUCGACGUCUUAAAAGAGUACGAUCAACUAAAUCAAAUUUUCAACCAGUUGCCCCAGCUUCUACUGCUAAUGUUAGUCGUGCUGGCAUUCGACGUACUGUUACUCAAUCUAAUCGUGCUGCUCCCAAUCAAACUGAUGUGGCUCCUCUUGAUGAAGCAGAAAGACGCAGUGGACGUGUCCCAGAUGAGAAUAUAUUAUUAAUAUCACAGUAUAAUGUUGAAAGAGAAAUAUGCGAUCGUGUUCAAGAUACUGCUAAUGUAGCUAUUGUAUCCUGUUUUGCAUUUGGUCCACCAUUGUUUAAAUCAAGUCCAUCAAAUUCUCGUCCAAUGUUACAUCCAGUUGCUACACUUUUUAUUGGUACUAAAGCUGGAACUGUUAAAUUAUAUUCUAUUUUUGUUGACAAAACAUCAUUAAAUUCUAGCGUUCUACCUAAACUACAGCUGUAUUAUUCUCGAGAACUUAUUUUACAACAUCGUGCUCCUGUUCUAUCACUUCGUCUAAUCGACGCUAAGUCAAAUAUGCCUUACUCAUUAUCGGAUUACAAACAUUACAUAUCUGAUUCUGGUAAAUCUCAUAAUCUACCUGUAUUAUCAGUUGUGAGUGAAGAACAAAUACGAUUAUUUAAUUUGCCUAAUUUACACCUAAAAUUCAAAGCUCGUAUUACCGCUAUUGAUGGUUAUCGUAUCAAAUCUGCUUCAGUAGUUGGAUUUCGAAUACACGGAAAAACCAGUUCAUCAUUAUCAAAAGAAUCCACUGUUGAUUCUGCUUGUGGUGAUCUUGAACGUUCAAAUGCAAGUGGUAUAUCUGUAACAUCUCAAACAAAUCAAAACUGUGAAUAUUCAUUUGUUUUUACAAAUGUUGGUGGUCAAGCUGUUUUGCUUAGUAUGCCGCAACUUCGACGAAUGGAUACCUUACAUUUGCUGGAUUCUCAUGAUGUAGUUGCAGUCAGUUCAGUUGUAUUUUCUCAACCUGGCAGUAUAAAUGUAAAUACUUCGUGUUAUGUUCCUGGACCUGCUCUCGGACUUUAUCAGUUGGCACCUGGUCAACUUACACUUUUUGACGUUGUACGUACUGGACAAAAAGCUAGCUCACUUGGAGUAUCUUAUCGUCCUAUAUAUCGACUAUCUCUUAUUGGCAAUCCAAAUUCAAAUAUGAAAACUUUAUGCGAAAAGACAAAUAGUAUUGGAGAUAGUAGAAUUUCUAAUAGAAGUGUUUUAUCGACCAGUCAGUUGCAUAACAUAUCACAGACAUCUAGUGUACUUAGUUCAUCCGUACAAAAUCAAUCAAAUUCUAUGUCAUCACAUAAUCUAAGUGAUUCAAUAAGAAAUGGUCUCGUUUCACCUUCUGUAUCAUGUACAAGUGAUAGAAAUAAUCACAGGAAUCGUGUAUCCUAAAUAAUACAAUUGAUUAUUCGAUUUAUGCUAAUCUCUCAGUAACUAUAUACUAGGUCAGUGCUACAAUUUACCGCAAACAUAUCAUGCUUUCUCUCUCUCUCUCUCUCUCUCUCUCUAUAUAUAUAUAUAUAUAUAUAUAUAUAUAUAUAUAGGUCUGCCCUUCAAAACAAUGUUUUUGCCUUGAAAUGAUCUUCAUUUCCCCAGACUAAUAAUCCUGGUGUAUGGUUUAGUCAAAAACUGUCACUAAUUAAUUCUUUAUUUCUCUUAUCAGUUUAAUAUGAUCUAUCAGUAUAAUAAGUUUUUCCAAUAUUAUUUGUUUUAGCAUGUUUGUUUUCUUUUCGUUCAAGUUUUCUUCCUGAUGUUGUUAGUAUUAUACACACUGCUUUGCUUUAUUUUUGUUUUCACUAUCUUUAUCAUGUAUAAUAAAAUGUGGAUUGAACAAUUUUGAUCUCUGUCCAUUGUUCAAUUUUCAAAUCACCCAUUUAAAAUGUUAGAGAAGAAAAAAAAACAAGAAAAUAUGUACUUACAAAAUAUACACUGUAAUACUUUGUAGGUCUACGUUUAUUUUAAUCUGGAAAGCCUUUAACGCUAUAUUUACAUAUUCAGUUGAAUUUUUUUAUAUACAUAAUUUUGUCUUUUCUGUUUACAUUUGCUAUAUCCUUGUAAACUUGACUUUAUUGACAAAAGUAAUAGGGUAAUUGUUUUCAAACGAAUUGUUUGUUCCAAUUAUAUUUAUUAUUUAUAAUUGUUUAAUUUUAAUUUAUGGCUUAUUCAUUUAAUAAUGACUGAAAUACACAUUUCAUAUUUUAUUAAUUAAUAUCGAAAUUGUUUCUUUAUAGUUUCAGUUAUUGUAUACAUUUUUCUAAAUAACUUCCCUACACUGAUUAUCGAUAUUUGGCGAAUAAAAAAAGCUUCAUAUUUCAUAUGUAUUUGAAUGAGAAUUGUAGUUUUUUGCAGCAUGAUCAGUGUUCUUAGUAAUAAGUAUUUUUUUUCUAAUAACAAUUGUACUUUAAAACACAACAGUAGACAGGAGGAAUAUGUUUGUGUAAAGUUACAAAGUACUUAUAUAAUACAUUAUGCAUAACCUUCAAUCGUUCGUUUGCAUCUUUCGGUGUGUUCUGUUACCUGAACUAUCUUCUCGUCUGGUCUCCAAGUGUUCUGCCAGCAUUGUGUUUUCAAUGCACUGAAACUUUUUACUCCGUCUGAUAAUUAUAGCAACUUCGAUGUGACGUCCCGCUACACACUACUUACAAGAAAUUUUGCCAAUAGUGUCCACUACAGUAUCUGUAUUCAUAGACACUAUUUUAAUGUCGCUUUGUCUGAUAAAAUUUGUUUUAGUGAAACUGAGAAUUAAAAAGGUUCAUAAAAGUAAAGCGUUUAUAAGUCAUGAAGAUUUAGAUUAUUUGUUAGUUUUAAAUGAAUUCGUAAAAAACGGAUGUACACUCGUUUUGUUUGUAAUAGUUGAUUCUGACGGUUACUAUAUUUAUUAUGUUGUAACAGUUACCAGUGAUUUUUAUUUUCUAGCUUUGUAUGAAAAUAAAGUAUAAAAAACUUAUUAUAUGUUC